AUCACGAAACUCAAAGUCGAAAGAUUUUAGGUUAUAAUUCGCGACGGGAUAAAUCGACAAACAAUAUUUAUACAUUUUUUUUAUCCCUAUUUAUGUAUUUUAUACUGAAUAUAUAAUUAAAUCAAUACACUUAUUAAAAUGACCGUGUUAAAUAUGUUACGAAUAGGUCAUUUAUCAAAAGUAGCAAAACAGUUGAGUGUAUUACAAGUUCAGAAUUAUUCCUCACAUGUUAAAUAUGCAGAACAUAAGGCAUUGGAAAAAAUACGAAACAUUGGGAUUUCGGCUCAUAUUGACUCUGGUAAAACCACACUUACAGAGCGAGUGUUAUUCUACACAGGAAGAAUUGACCAAAUGCAUGAGGUUAAAGGCAAAGACAAUGUAGGUGCAGUGAUGGACUCAAUGGAGUUAGAGAGACAAAGAGGCAUCACAAUCCAGUCGGCAGCCACCUAUACCAUAUGGAAGGACCAUAACAUAAAUAUCAUAGACACACCUGGUCAUGUGGACUUCACAGUGGAAGUUGAGAGAGCACUGCGAGUGUUGGAUGGAGCUGUACUUGUGUUGUGUGCUGUGGGCGGCGUUCAGAGUCAGACACUGACUGUUAAUAGGCAGAUGAAGAGAUAUAAUGUGCCAUGUCUUGCUUUUAUCAAUAAACUGGACAGGUUGGGUGCAAAUCCAGAGAGAGUUCUUAAACAAAUGCGUUCUAAAAUGAAUCACAAUGCAGCAUUCCUACACUUACCAAUUGGUUUGGAGAAAGAUUGCCAAGGAAUCAUAGAUCUGGUAGAGGAGAAAGCCAUCUACUUUGAUGGUGACUAUGGUGAGAUUGUGAGGUUAGAUGAAAUUCCGAAAGAUAGAAGAGCAGAAGCGAAUGACAGGCGACAUGAACUCAUUGAGCACUUGUCUAAUGUUGAUGAAAAACUUGGUGAAAUGUUCCUCGAAGAGAGGAAACCAGUUAUCUCGGAAUUGAAAGAGGCAAUCCGUCGCACGGCUCUCAUGAGAACUUUCACACCGGUUCUCAUUGGCACAGCUUUGAAAAACAAAGGUGUUCAACCGUUACUAGACGCUGUCUUGGACUACCUCCCACACCCUGGGGAAGUGGAAAAUACUGCAAUUGUGGGCGAAAGGAAGGGAGAUGAAGGAGUAACUGUGGUAUUAGACCCUAAAAGGGAUGGUUCUAAACCCUUCGUGGGUUUGGCUUUUAAACUAGAGUUGAGCAAGUUUGGUCAACUAACGUAUUUGAGAUGUUACCAAGGAAUGUUGAAACGUGGAGAAUAUAUUUAUAAUUCAAGGACUUCUAAAAGGGUAAAAAUCUCCCGCCUAGUGCGCAUGCACUCCAAUAACAUGGAAGAAGUGAACGAAGUGCUAGCUGGUGACAUUUUCGCGUUGUUUGGUGUAGAUUGCGCGUCCGGAGACACGUUCGUAAACGACAGCAAGCUACAGUUAUCAAUGGAAUCUAUACAUAUACCCGAUCCUGUAGUCUCUAUGUCAAUUAAGCCAAAGAAUAGUAAGGAUAGGGACAACUUUUCUAAGGCGGUCGCUAGAUUCACAAAAGAGGAUCCAACAUUCCAAUUCCGUUAUGACGCCGAUAACAAGGAAACCGUGGUAUCCGGUAUGGGUGAGCUCCACUUGGAAAUAUACGCGCAGAGAAUGGAGCGCGAGUACAAUUGUCCAGUCGAAUUGGGAAAACCCAAGGUUGCUUUUCGAGAGACAAUUAUGUCACCAUGCUCGUUUGACUAUUUGCACAAGAAACAAUCGGGAGGUGCUGGGCAGUACGCUCGAGUUACCGGCAUCAUGGAGCCGUUGUCCCCGCAUCAGAAUACAUUGCUGGAGUUCGUCGACGAGACGAUAGGCACGAACGUGCCCAAGCAGUUCGUGCCGGGCAUCGAGAGGGGCUUCAUCGACACGUGCCAGAAGGGCUACCUGUCCGGCCACAAGGUGUCCGGUGUCAAGUUCCGCUUGCAAGAUGGCGCCCAUCACAUUGUCGACUCCAGUGAAUUGGCCUUCUUCUUGGCUGCGAAGGGGGCUGUUAAAGAAGUGUUCGAGGACGGCGCGUGGCAAGUGCUGGAGCCGAUAAUGUUCGUGGAGGUGAGCACGCCGGACGAGUUCCACGGCACGGUGGUGGGGCAGCUCAACAAACGCGGCGGCAUCAUCACCGGCACCGAGGGCGCCGAGGGCUGGGCCACCAUCUACGCGGAGGUGCCGCUCAACAACAUGUUCGGAUACGCGGGGGAGCUCAGGUCAAUGACGCAAGGCAAAGGUGAAUUUAGUAUGGAGUACAGUCGUUAUUCUCCGUGCUUACCCGAUGUUCAGGAACAACUCAUCAGAAAAUACCAAGAAGAAAUGGGCAUAUUACCCGACCAAAAGAAAAAGAAGAAUUAAUGCCGCCUAGACAAUUUAGGAUAAUUUAUUUAAUGAUAUCGUAUUAAAUCAUAUAAUAAUGUAAUAUACAGU